AUGGUUGCGCUUGUUGGCUUCGUGCUUGUGUUGUCCCUUCGAGCUCUUCUGGUGACUGCUCAACUCUUUCCCGUCGCAACUCAAUGGUGCGAUAACUUGACCAAUAUCUGCUUCUGGCGGCACUACAUUUCGUCGCUCGACACUGCAUGGGGUUACCUAUUUCCUCCCGCUGGCAGGAACGAGUUUAUUGGAUUCUUCACCGCCCCGAAUUGCACGUCUUGGUCAGGAGGAUCUGGAGGGAUCAACCUCAACGGGGAUCACCUGUUCGGUUUUGUGACACAUGCGGCGAUUAAGCCUCUCACGCCCAGCGAUCCCAACUCGAGUUUGUACCAGCAUACGCUGUCGGGCCAGCAUAUCCUCAAUACAGUCAAUGCCCGUUCGGCAUCAUACGACACAAUUCUCUCGCAGCUUGCCAAUGCACCACCUUUGACCCCCGGCGGGGGAACGCCCGGGCCAACUCCGACUACCGCUACGACGACACAGAUCCCUACUCCCACUGGGCCGCUCUCGUGCCCUGGUGCCCCCGCUCCGAGCUAUGUCAUGAACGUUGCUCCUGGAUGGAGGGUUACACCGGUUCUUGGUCGCCUACGGUCUCCAAGAGGAAUUACCAUGGACUCCAGAGGAAACUUGUUGGUUCUGCAGCGCGGUAUCGGCGUGACUGGCCACCAAGUCGACGCGAACGGGUGUGUCACGAGUAGUCAGACCAUCAUCCAGGAUACAAGGUUGAAUCAUGGAUUGGAUGUUGUCGGGAAUAAGCUUUAUGCCAGCUCGAGCGACAUUGCGUGGUCUUGGGAUUACGAUCCCGUUGCAAUGACGGUUUCGAAUAUGAAGGUCCUUGUAACUGGAAUGUUCAAUCCAGGACACAACACCCGCACUAUCCACGUCUCUCGCAAAUACCCCGACUUUAUAUCGCUUAGCGUUGGGUCCGAUUCGAAUAUCGACGUGCCCUCGUUCCAACCUGCUGUUGGAAGAAGUCAGAUUAGGGUAUUUGACAUGCGGAACCUUCCUGCAAACGGCGCUCCCUAUAAUAGUAGUUACGGGAAGGUAUUUGGGUAUGGGCUGAGAAAUGACGUUGGAAUCGCGGAGGACAGGGCUGGGAUUGUUUAUAGCGUUGAGAAUUCGUUGGAUAAUGCAUAUCGAACUGUCAAUGGCGUUCGACGUGAUAUCCACAACAACAACCCUGCCGAGAAGGUUUACCGCCUUGGCAAUCCAACUUCGCCCAAUGAGAACCUGUUUGGCGGCUAUCCCUACUGCUAUACCGUUUGGGAAGAAACCGACAUCAUCGACAAAUCUGUGCGGCCUGGAGAUUGGUUCGUGCAAGAUACAGGAAACAGCCAGUACACAGAUGCAUGGUGUGAAGCGAAUUCCGUGAAACCUAUCGCUCUGCUGCCACCGCACACGGCACCUCUUGAUAUGAAGUUCGGAGUUCGACCCGAUGAUACUAAUUUGUACGUUGGGUUACAUGGAAGCUGGAAUCGGAGCCCGCCACAGGGGUACAAAGUCGUUAUCAUCCCUGGGAGGUACUCGGCGACGGGAGAAUGGAGCCCCACUGUCGAUCUUGCGCAGACGAAGACCAGCUUCACCGAUCUCCUCACAAAUAGGAACGAGAACCAAUGCCAAGGAGGCUGCUUCCGCCCGGUUGGGCUAAUCUUCUCUGCCAAUGGAGAAAAUUUAUAUGUCUCGAGUGAUACUUCUGGAGAGAUUUUCUUGCUUAAAGGACCUGGAGGCUCCUCCCCAGUUGAGCCUACCACGAGUGUCCCGACGUCAACACCAACCACGCCGACUACUACGAGUACCGCUCCUGGACCUACUCAGACUCUUUGGGGCCAAUGGUAUGUCUGA